AUAUUUCUUGGAAAAACAAAAAAGAAUUUCAGUAACAGUUGCAGGCCAGUUCAGUGUACGGCGACAGGCAAGGUUCUCAGGGAUUAUUUGAAACUCAGUUUUAACACUUUUUUUCUUAUAAAGUUUUAUUUUGGAACUGAAGCUAUAGAAGAGAUAGUGCAAAUAUUUUAUAUAAAAUAUACAAUGGUGAGUAUUCCAAGACUUAGGCAAUCGUUUUGUGGAUGUACUCUAGAAACGAGUUCCUUGAUAAUAGCAUGGUUGGGUGUGCUUGGAGCUGCCUUCCAAUUACUUCUUGGAGCUUGUUUGUUCGGAGUGUUUUAUGAUUAUAUGCGUGAUGAAAUGAUGAAAAAGCAUAUGUCAGAGCAACAAUUAGAAGCUGCCCUGCUGUCAGUAAGAGUGAGUGCUGCCAUAAUGUUCGUUAUUUAUUCUGCUUCAUUAGCUAUCGACACAAUGCUUUUGGUUGGAAUUUACAAGAAAAAUCACUGUCUUAUGACACCUUGGAUCAUUUUGUGUGGUGCUGGAUGUGCAUUGGGUAUGCUAGCAGUUGUUAUAACCUUUUUUGCAUCAUUCGGAAAUCCUGCAUUAUUAGUUGCUGUGAUUUUACAAGGAGCAGCUCUUGCUUUCGGAGUUUAUUGCUUCCUUCUUGUUUAUUCAUAUUACGCACAGAUAAAGGAAGAGAGACUUAUGAAUGAUGCUCGUUUUAAGCCACUUGGUGAAUAAUCAAAGAAGUUUAACUAUUUUCAUCUUUGAAAUAUACAUAUAUUUUUUCUAUUUAUAAGUGUAAUUUUAUUUUAAGAAAAAUAAUUUGUAUUGUAUUGAUUGGAAUUAUAUAUUAUUAAUCGUAAUAGCUUAGAUCUGUGUGCUAACAUUUUAAAGCUAGCUUUAAAUUGCUUGAUUGAAAUUAUGCAAGCCACUUGAUAUGUUUUUUCAAAAUAAAUUUUAUAAAUUUGCUAUGUUAUAUACUUUGAAAUAUAUUUUCAUGUGAACUAUUUAUUAUUAUUUCUUCCUUUAACAGAUCUUUGUGAUUCUAUUCAAAGAUCUUUUAUUUGGUGAUUUAUUUAGGCUUUCAUUAUACCUUGAUUAUAAUGGUAUUAAAAUAUUUAGGAACAAUGGCGAAUAUUGUGUUUUUCUAUAGCCGAGGGCCAAAUUACAAUUCGUUCACAUUCUCAUAUAACACAUGGCUGUCUUAUGACUUUUUGAAACUUCAA